AUAAAUUGCUAUCAAAACGACAAAUUAAAAAUCAAAUAGCUAUAUGAAGUGCCAGCAUGAAAGAGUGAUUGUUGAGUGAUAGUAGGUAAUGAUAUGAAAUGAAAGAUAUCUUUUGAAAAAAUGACAUGAGAAGUACGUCUUAUUAUGUUGGAAAACGGACGUGGCUAAUAGGAAACUGUGCUUAUUAUGUUUUUCCUGUGUAUUCUUACAUAAAUAGUGAUAUAAUCAAACAGAAUGUCCGACGUAGUUGUGGCUAAAGGACAACCUAUUCCUGGUGACCCAGAAAAAAAAGGGUGGCUCUUUAAAUGGACUAAUUAUCUCAAGGGUUAUCAGCGAAGAUGGUUCGUGUUAUCGAAUGGAUUACUAUCUUAUUACAGAAAUCAAGCCGAAAUGGCUCAUACAUGCCGUGGUACUAUUUCGCUACUGGGAGCACUGAUACACACAGCAGACUCAUGCACAUUUGUAAUCAGCAAUGGUGGCACGCAGACAUUUCACAUCCGAGCCCACGACGAAGUGGAGAGACAAAGUUGGGUCACGGCACUUGAGCUGGCAAAGGCGAAAGCAAUUCGAGCACAAGAAUCGGACGACGAUGAGGAUCAGAUGUCGUCAGGGGCUGCUGCAGUAGGUGGCGGGGAAGGCGAGAGUGAAGAUGCUGGUGGCAUCGCCCGCGAGUUGGCAGCACGGUUCCAUGAUAUAAGAACAUGUUCUGAGUUAGUCACAAGGCAUGGAAACGCUCUACAAAGAUCAUUAGUUGAUUUGGAGACUCCUCCGUCUGACACCACAAAACAGGUGUCAGAGAGGGCAACACUCUUCAGGAUAUCGUGCAAUGCUAUGAUGAUUGCAUGUUCAGAAUUCAUGAGUGCAGCGGCUGCUUCAAGUACGCGUAUGACCCGCGCGCUUCAACAUGAGCGCGAGCAAAAGAAGCGUCUACAAGAGGUCGUAGAACAACUCGCCAGACAGCAUGACACGCUUGAGAAGACAGUAACAGCACGCAACACUUCAGGUGGUAACGGCUCUGGACAAUCUAAUGAUACAGAGGAUGAAGAUCAUGAAUUCUUUGAUGCCAUGGAGGAGGGAGUGUCUUCAGCCAUGGAGGAUAAGACUUCAUUUGUGAUAAAAGUGCCUGUCAAUAGGAAAAGUAAAGUAAAAAGUGGGGAAAACUCAGAUGAAUCUGAGGGAGAAACUGUAACAGAAACUCAGCAGGUGCUAUUUUUGGAAGAUAAGGAAAGAGCAGAAAGUGCGAUGGGUGGAUCUGAAGCAACAUCAACAACUACCAAACCCCUUACUGAGAAACAAGACGUAAAAGUAUGGCCUCACUGUUCGGAGGUAGUGAGUAUGAUAGACGGCCAUCCGAGGCGGAUGCGAGUACCAGACAAACCGAACUACCCACUCAGCCUCUGGUCUAUCAUGAAGAAUUGUAUAGGCAAGGAGCUGUCCAAGAUACCUAUCCCGGUAAACUUCAGCGAGCCACUAUCGAUGCUGCAACGACUGACGGAGGACUACGAGUACUCAUCGAUCUUAGACCGCGCUGCGCAGUUCGCUGACCCCGCGCACCAGCUCGCCUACGUGGCCGCCUUCACCGUGUCCUCGUACGCCACCACCUCCAACAGAACAAAUAAACCGUUUAAUCCGCUGCUAGGCGAAACUUACGAAUGCGAUCGAAUGUCGGAUCUGGGUUGGAGAUCAAUAUCUGAACAGGUGUCGCACCACCCGCCGAUGGUGGCGCAGUUCUGCGAGAGCCAGGCGGGCUGGCAGUGCUGGCAGGAGUUCACGAUGACCACCAAGUUCCGCGGGAAAUACCUGCAGGUCGUGCCGCUGGGUGGCGCCUCCGUGUCCUUCGAUAACGGCAACAAAUACGCCUGGAGGAAGGUAACGACGACAGUCCACAAUAUAAUAGUGGGCAAGCUGUGGGUGGACAACCACGGUGACAUGGAGAUUAUGGGCGAGUCGGGACCGGCCGCGGGUUACGUGGCGCACCUCAAGUAUCUGCCAUAUGGGUACUUCAGUAAGGACACCCAGCGGAAGGUGACCGGCGUCAUCAAGGACCCACAGGGGGUGCCGCGAUACGUGCUGCAAGGACACUGGGACAGCCGCGUGGAGGUGGCGCCGGUGACGUCCGCGUCCGCAGACAACACCGUGUGCAAGACGGGCAAGUUCGCCGUAGCGUGGGAGCGGGUGGCCGCGCCCCCGGACUCGGACCGCUGGUACAACUUCACGCUGCUCGCCGCUCAGCUCAACGAGCCGGAGUCGGGGGUCGCGCCGACUGACUCGAGGCGACGCCCCGACCAGCGGCUCAUGGAGGAGGGACUCUGGGACGAGGCCAACGCUGAGAAGCUGCGCCUGGAGGAGAAGCAGCGCGCCGCCAGGAGGGAGCUGGAGGCGAGUGCAGAAGCGGCGGCCGCCCGCGGUCUGCCCGCGCCCGCCGGCCCCAAGCCCGCGUGGUUCACGCGCGAGGCCGCGCCCGCCGGGGCUCCGCGCCUGCGACACCUCUACAACAACCGCUACUGGGAGUGCAAGCAGCGCCAGGACUGGGCCGCCUGCCCCGACAUCUUCUAGCGGCGCCGCGUGCAUGCCACUGAUGUCCCGCCCCAAGAUGUGUCAUGUGCAGUGGAAAACGAAGUGCUUUAAUGUCGACGGAGAGCGCGACACGAUCUGCUCCCGUCGAUAAAGACUGGCGAUAAAAUUAUAGUGUAUAUAAGCGUAUAUAAUUAUUAUAUAGAUUUUAAACGAAAAUUAUAGCUUCCCUAGGAUUCUUUGUACUAUAGAUCGAACCUGGCCGAAGCGGGGACGUCCGCUGUGAUGUGGCUAGCACUGGACCGACUAUGUUGCAGUAUUUGUGAGAUUUGAUCUAGUAGUAUGGUGAUCAUUAUUACUGUCGCAUUAUUUGUUGAUAUUGUUUUGUGAAUAUUCUUAUUCAAAAUCCAAACUUUUUAAAGUAUGUUUUACGGCACCCUAUUUGUGUCUAUGUAAUUCGGAAAAGAAAUCAAAAUGUACUUGAAUUAAAAUCAGCCAAAUCCAAGUUACAUCUGCACGACUCUUCUUAAAUUAAGCAAAUGAAACUGAACAAAAUCAUAUUAAAUGAGAUUUGGUUCUACAAUUGAUUUUGGUUCCAAUAAAAAGGGUUUACAAUCUUACAUAUAUAAACUUGGCUGAUUUUAUACCACUGACUAUUGCGGCUUGGUGGUGCCCUCUGUAAUUAUCCUGUAAUAUAAAUAUUUUUUUAUUUAUUAAUUAGCCAAAAAGUUUGGUAUAUUCUGUUGUAAAUCUGUAAUAAAUUUUAAAAAUAAAACUAUAUAACAUGUACAACAAAAGUAUGAAUCUGUGUUAAGGAUCGAGUGUGAGUUUUCAACUUUUUCUGUAGCGUCUUGGUGUGAAUUUAAAUGAUGUAAAAAAUACCAAAUGGAAAUAUUAUGCAACGAUAAAAUUGUCCAUAGCGCGAUAGGGAUUCGUACACCUGUAUAAGUAAAAUGCUUUUGAGUAAUUUGAAAACUCACAAACGCAACAAUCAAUAUGUUGGUGCGGCAAGUCUGAACGGAAGCACUUUUGAAGAGACGGUAGUUUUAAUAAUAAUAUAUUUGUGGAGAUGGUGCUUCGAAUAACAGGUUUGAAUUUUGUUAUGCUUCUAAACGCUACUUAUCUAGGUCAUUGACAACAUAAUUAAUGUCUAUAGUGGACAUUGAAAGUAGCACUUUACGUCCGUAUAAUAUGAAAUGACAAGUCGUGAAAAUAUCUUUGAUGCCUUUAGAGCAUUACUUUUGUAAGUGUUAAAAAUUGGUGCAAGCUGACAGCGGAGCAGUGGCGUUGUACAAUCAACGCCACGGACAGAACAGGAUUCACUCGCAUUACUAUUGUCGCUUUUAUUGCCACGUUUUUAAGCUACUAACAAUUUUAAAUUUUACCUACAACUGUGGCUCCGAUUAUAGAUCGCAGUAAAAAAAAAGUUUCAUUAAAAUCUCCUCCUUAAAACACUUUGUCUUAAUAAUGCUUCUAACUGCGAAAGAAUGAGCUCGCUCAUGACGAGAUUCUUAUGAGAGUGACUGUCACUGCUCUUACAAUUUAUUUAUCAUAAAUACUUGAAUCAUUAAACUUGUUUUCGCUGUCAACUUGCAAUGCUUUAGAAUAUUUUGUAAGAUCUAUUACGAAGUGUACAUUUUCAAGUGGAUGUAAGAUAGUUUGUUAAUAUUUUUUAAUAAUAAUAGAAUGAUAUUUGAAUACAAAGCCAUAACAUCUGUAUCAUGUUGAUUAUUAUGAAAAUAUAAUGUCGCGAAUAUUAUUUGUUUUUUUUUAUUCCAAAGACCCAAAAUAUUUACAGGUUGUAUGUUAAAUGAAACCAUACUCACUUACUUCCACAUAUGAUACAUA